AUGACGGGCGGCAGAUUCCCCCCGGGGCUGCUGGCGCUGGGCGCCGUUUUGCUGUGGCAGCCUUGCCAAGGCAGCUGCGGCGCGCAGAAAUGCGGCGCGCAGGAGAGCUGCUGCAGCUACGGCAACGCCACCUACGCGGAGACCAAGUGCUGCAAGCUGCCUUUCCACACGUUCCUGGACAACGUGGGUUGGUUCGUGCGGAAGCUCUCCGGGCUGCUCAUCUUGCUGGUGCUCUUCGCCAUCGGGUAUUUUCUGCAGCGGAUCAUCUGCCCCAACCCCCGCAGGCACGGGAGGCGACGCCGGCGCCCGGGACAACGGGGCGAGGAGGAAGACGAGGAAGAGGAAGACGAGGAGGAGGAGGCAGAUUACGACGAUGACGACGCGGAAGAGCAGGACUCGCUUUCCCGUGUCACCCCGCUGAAUGGGACGGCCGCCACCUCGCAGGACUCGCUGCUGGACAGCCGGGGCCGAGAGGCGUCCUUGCCGCCCCCUCUUCUGCACGUCGUCUCUCCCGUCUUUUUGCAGCUGCCCAACUACGAAGAGGUGAAAUAUUUGCCCACUUACGAGGAAUCUAUGCGGCUCCAGCAGCCUCUGGUCCUGCCCGUCACCAGCCUGGCCACCGGGACGGGAAGAGGCCCCGAGGAGCCGGGUCGCUGGACCAGAGGCAGCUGA